GCUCCUUCUGGUUAGUUUGACUGCAAUCCACUCAGAUUGGAAGCGGGUCGAUUAUUGGGAGCCACCAGCGAGGGCAGACAAUGAUGAGGCGGUGAAUUGUUGCUGAUGAAAGUGUAAUUUGCUUGUAUCCUAUUCGAUUUAUUGGUAUUUUACGAACUCUUGUGCAAAAAUGACGACGACCACGACAUAUCAAGGGAUGGAGCCCGGUUCUAAAAGCAGUUCCAGGGUUUUGCGCCCUCCUGGUGGUGGCUCCAACAUUUCACUUGGUACAGAUGAGGAGAAGCCUCCCGUCCGGAAAAACAAGAUGGCCUCCAGUGUUUUUGCUGAGCCAGAGGACCCCUAUGCUAAUCGAAGGAACAACCCACCUGGUGGGAAACCUAUGGGUGUGUUGUGUGGUGAGCCAUCAGCCCCCCUGAGGAGAGGAGGGAACCCCCCCACCAACCACUCCGCAGACGCUGCAGCCACAGAUGGAGAAAAUUCUGUACGUAAUAUUGAAGAUGGUGUUGCUGAGCCUGAAGCAGGUUCAGGACAGCAGGAAGAGGCCCCUCCAGCUGAGGAGUCCACUGCAGGUCUACCGUCUGGCCGCAGGAAUCCCCCUGGGGGCAAGUCCAGUCUCAUCCUGGGUUGAAUCCCAACCUCCUUACAUCCACUCAUCUCUGAACUUUUUUUUUUUCCCAAACAAGGAACCCCAGCUCAUUUGUCUGUACUGCAGAAAUCCUAUCUGAUGACAUUCAUAUAUAAACUGACUGUAUAUAAAGAUGGAUGACAUGAGAGCUCCCCAAAAGUGAAGCCAAAACAGCCCCUUGGUGGCUACAGUACAGGUCAUAAACCCCGCCCCCUCCAUCUUAACUGUGAGGACUUUGACCAAACUAAAAACUCAAAUUACAAAUCAAAUAAAGUUUUCUGAAGGAUGGUUUCUGUCAUUUUAUCACACUAAUGUAUGUUCAAGUGUUCAUUUUCCUGAUAAGUUUAGUUUUAGUUAGUUAUUUGAUGCUAAAAAGAGGUGAAAUGUCAUGAUUGACAGCUGAGUGCCUCUCGCAGUUGAUUCAGAUGGGUGUGUGGGCGGGAACUCGAUACUGUGGCCCCACCUCCCAAUUACUGCUGCAAAGUCACGAGCUCCGAAUGUUGUCAACAGCACAAGAUUGAAGCACUAUGGGAUAUUUUGGCUUCACUUUUGAACAGUCGGAGGAAGUGGAGACAUGUGGUCCGUCUUUGUGUGUGUCAGUGGAUCCAACAGACAGCAGUCUCCUCCACAUCCCCAAGUGCAUUGUUUUGGUACCUCUUUUGAAACUUUUGUACUGUUUUUAUUGUUUGUUUGGUUUGACAGAAGCACUUUAUGUAUGUCUAAUUACAUGGUAAUAAGUCUGCCUUUUCCCCUGGAAUACAUUUGACCUUGCUGUACAAAGAUCACAUUUUAUAUCUGCUGAUGAUAGAUAUCCCCUUACUUUAUUGCAGCACAAACUGUAGGUGAUUACACAAGCAGUUUCCAGAACACAAACAAAGAAAGCAGUCUGUCUUUUUUGGACAGUUCAGCCGACCCAUCUUGCAUGCACGUAUGGUCUGUAACGUGUGAAUGUGACAAGAAACACAACUGUGAAGUUUUUUUUUUUUUUUUUAACUUAACCUGUUUGUUACUUAUUUCUUGUGAAUAAUUAUUGUAUUGUUGUUGCAUGAAACUGGAAACUUUCUACUGAUUAUAUUAUUAUUCUCUACAGGCAAAUAGGAGCCACAUAAAUUACUUCUCAUCAAACUCUGAAGGAUGCAGACAUUUGUAUUUAGAUGGUUACUGUAGGUCCCAUGUCAGGUAACAGAAUUGGAAUAAGCCUUUUUUAUACUGUAGUCACAAACCAUAGAUUAUUGAAACCCCAGUGCCAGUUUUGAGCCCUUUGUUUUUAUAGGUAAAAUCUACUCUAAAAUAAAGUGUGCCUGUUUCCUUAACUGCAUCCUUCCUGUAUCUAGUUUUCCAAUUAUGAAUGAAUGGAAUGUUGUUGGUCCUGCCACUUAAAGUGUUUCUCGUAACUCCAUCCUAGAUUUGAAAAGUGACCUUAUGACAGCUCCGCCUUUUUUCUUUCCUUUUUACCCUCCUUUGUUAAUCAGCCAUCUCACCGAAACUACAGAAGGAUUUUCUAAGAUUCACAUCACAUUAUUUAAACCAAAAUUCAAACACCCUCUUGCUUCUGUCUCAUUGAGUCACAUUACUGUUGUGCCAGCCAACUGUCAUGUGAGAAGACCUGCAUUUCAGGUACAUGAAAUCUCAUGUAAUCUCUGUGUUGUUAUUUUAAUGUGUGUUAUGGUGCAAGACAUGUCUGUUUGCAUCCCAUACCAAUUCCUGUUGCUGGAUGUAGGUCACUGCAGAAAUGUGAAAACAAGAAAUGGCACAAGUGGAAAUGAACAUUAAAAACCAAUUUUGACCAUG